AUGAAGGAGCGGAACAUCUCUAGGUUCAGUGCGGCCCCCGCUGUUACGGUGUACGGCAGCCUUCUCUUAAAUAUAGUUAGCAGUGUCGGUGUGAUUAUUAUCAAUAAACGCCUCGUUUACAUUGAGGCCGGAUUUCGUUUCGGCACCCUCCUCACAGUGAUUCAUUUUAUAGUCUCGUUCCUGGGAUGCCUCUUUUUUGCCCGGCUGCACUGUUUUGAGGUGAGGCCCAUCCCACUAUCCAAGGUCCUGCCUAUCAGUCUGGCAUUUUGCGGGUACGUGGUGUUCAACAAUCUCUCGCUCCUCACAAACACGGUGAGCGUGUAUCAGACCUCGAAGAUUCUCUGCACGCCUUUGAUCCUCUGGAUUGAGUUCGCCGUUUACCACCGGCGUGAGAGCAGACGGACGCUGCUAUCCCUAGUUCCCAUCUGUGUGGGGGUGGCAGUCACGGUCUACACAGACACAAAACUGAACCUCAUGGGAACUUUCUGGGCCGUGUUGGCAGUUUUCUCCAACUCAUUGUAUACAAUAUGGGGAAAGACAAAGCAGUUGGAAUUGGGCGUAACUCCCAUGCAAUUGUUGGUCUAUCAGGCCCCGCUUAGCGCUUUGAUACUGAUUUUUUCUCUUCCCAUUGACGGCCUUGGAGAGCUCUUUUCGUAUGAAGUGACCUUCACGACAGUUUGGACGAUUGCUCUUUCAUGCCUCUUCGCGUUUGGUGUGAACUUUUCAUUUUUUUUCUUUGUGGGUCAGACCUCCCCUCUGACUAUGAACGUUGUGGGAUAUUUUAAGACUGCGUUGGUCUUUGUGGGUGGCUUCAUAUUUUUCUCCUCGGAGACCAACGGGAAAACGAUUGCUGGGGUUGUUUGUACCCUCGUAGGACUGGCGCUUUAUACCCACUCCAAGUUGCAGGCGAUACCGUUCCCACCACCUUCGAAGGAGGCCGUUUGA